AUGCAGGCCGCCGCAGCGCGCGCGCGCCGCCUCCUCGCGUCGCCGGCGGCCUCCGGGAUCCAGGGAGCGCUCUCUGCCUCCCACCGGGGGUGCGCGGCAGGCGCCGAGCUCGCCACCCUUCCCCAUCUAGAGAAUGGCUUCCCCGCCUCGCCCUCCUCCUCUCCGCACCACGCCAGGAGCUUCUCGUCGCACCUGUCCCGUACUUCUCUAUUGCGAACCGGGACUUCUCACUGGCAGAGUAAGAAAUCGGUGUGCUAUCACGUGGCAAAAGCUCAUUUCACGACAGAAUCAAGCGACAUCGACCACCCUAAAGAAUCUGCAGAGGAGCUGUACCAAAAAAUGCUGAAAUCCGUUGAAGCCCAAACCAUGCCUCCAAAUGCAUUGUUAUGGUCAAUGAUCAGUAGUUGCUCCACUGAGGAGGACAUCAAACUCCUUUUUCAGAUUUUGCAGAAGCUAAGAGUAUUUAGAUUAUCAAAUCUUCGCAUCAGUGCGAACUUCAACGACCAUCUGUGUAUGAAAGUUUCUGAGGCUUGCGCUCGUGUCGGCGUCCCUGACUAUGGGUUGAAGGUUUUAUGGAAUCACAAUGUUUAUGGAAUAACGCCAACCAUUGGUUCUGCCCAUUAUCUACUGCAACAUGCUAAAGAGCACAAUGAUACUAAGCUAAUGGAGAGGAUAAUGCAAGUCCUUAGGAGGAAUUCCUUACCAUUACAACCAGGCACUGCUGAUAUCGUCUUCAGUAUCUGCUAUAAUGCCGAUAGAUGGGAUUUACUCUCAAAAUAUGCGGCGAGAUUUGUUCAGGCUGGAGUCAAGUUGCGCCGUACUGCAUUUGACAUAUGGAUGGAAUUCGCUGCUAAAGUUGGAGACUCUCAAUCUAUAUGGGAAAUCAAUAGUCUGAGAGGGAAGUCUGUCAAACACUAUACUCUUACAACCGGUUUUGCAUGUGCAAAGGGGUCUCUGCUUGAUCAUAAGCCGGAAAAUGCUGCUGCCACCAUUAAACUCCUGUACAAGCACCUUCCUGAUCAGAAGAAACCGUUUGUCAAAGAUGAACUCCAAAAGCUUGUUGCUGAAUGGCCAACAGAGGUGACAAAAAGGCAGAAGAAAGAUGAUAGGAAGGCAAUGGAGGAAGCUUUGAUUACGGACAUCCCUAAAAUGAUCAGUUCUAUGGCAAAGUCAGGCCUCGACAUUUCUGUGGAUCUGGACAAGCUUACCCCUCAGCCCGAAGCAGCAUAGAGAAGAAAAUUCUGCAGUGCCCUGAUACCCUCGGAGAACUUUUUGACUGGGCUGGAUGCAGGCGAGCAACCUAGAUGUUUGAUCUGACAUGUUGUUUUGACAUGGUAGCACUAGCGUCUGCCAUAAUAACGUGUACACUUUGUUGUUUUGGUACAAUAGAUGAAGGUGGCAAAUCCUUUUCUGGUGGAAACACAUAUAGUUUAUUCAUCAAAGCCGACAAUGGCUAGUUCUGAACAAAAUAUUGAGCGCAAUAUUUUUUGGAGUUAAUUACAAUACGUGUUCUGAACGGGAAGUAGUUUUAUGACCAUCUGUAGUGUUGGACAGCCGAUCGCGGUACCAAAUCAGUGCAUGGAUAAAU